AUGCGUGCUGGAGGUGAAGUCCGCUGCAUCUCCGCUUUCGGUAAUCGGCAGCCGGCAUCGGGAGAUUCGGGGGCAGAUGUCACCGUUACGAUUCUUAAACCGUCCCGAUUCCUUUCUUCUUCUACCUUGCUCUCGCCCUCCUACUCGACCACAGAUACUUCGCGCCAGUCCUGGGUCCGACGAGUCAACGAGAUGCGCGCGUCAAACUCUCUUGUUGCGGCCUUCGCAUGCCUGGCUCAGAUCGGGAUUGCCGAAGCAGCUUUGUCUUUCACCCAAUGGCCCUCGGUCAUUCAUGCUGGCCAGCCUACAACUCUGAAGUGGCAGACGGACUCGGAUGCUCCCGUGACCGUCACACUGCGGAAGGGCAAUUCUCAGAACUUGGACACCGUCCAGACCCUGGCAAGCAAUGCCCAGGGAGGCUCCUUCACCUGGACUCCGGACUCGACGAUAGAGAACGGCGACGACUAUGCCUUCCAGAUCCAGCAGAACGGCUAUGUGAACUACUCGGGGCUUUUACAGGUCACCGAUGGGUCCCCAGCUACCCCAGCUACCAAGGCUGCGUCCACCCCAGUCCUCAAACCCAGCCCAACAACGCUGGUAGCCUCGGUUGUCCCUCCAGCUCCUAGCCCUGCAGCCCCGACCGCAACUGCAUACCCCACCGACACAGCCCCUCACGAUGAGAUGCAGACAAUCCAGAAGGGCAAUGAUGGCCAGACUUUCACCGUCAAUGCCGCCAACGACCCCAGUGCGAACGCAGCCGGAGCCGCCAACAGCAAGACUGCUAUGGCUGCCUAUAUGCAGAGUGGUGCUGCCUCUGUUCGCGCGACGGGAAUGGGAUUCGUGUUGGGUGCUCUCGCCAUGGUGGUUUACCUCGUCUAG